GCCAUCAUCAUACCACACUCCACUGCCGCUCGCCAUCUCUGUGCGGUUUCUUGCUCCGGGUCGGAGGAGAAGUAAACGACGUCGUAGAGAGAGGGGCAAUCAAGCCAGGAAACCAUCAAAUCGGAAUCGCCCAAAUUCUAGGGCUAAAUCUCCCUCCCUUCUUCUCCAUAGACCCCGCCCGCUACAGAAGAGACGACGUCGUAUUGCUCAGAGGAUGGAUCCUGUGCCGUCGAGCUCCGCUCACGGGAACCUCGAUGAACAGAUUGCUCAGCUCAUGCAGUGCAAACCCUUGUCAGAGCAAGAGGUGAGAAUGCUGUGCGAGAAAGCUAGGGAAGUUCUUAUGGGAGAGAGCAAUGUACAGCCUGUGAAAAGCCCAGUAACCAUAUGUGGUGAUAUUCAUGGGCAGUUUCAUGAUCUUGCCGAACUUUUUCGAAUUGGUGGAAAGUGCCCAGAUACAAAUUAUUUAUUCAUGGGAGAUUAUGUAGACCGUGGUUAUUAUUCUGUCGAAACAGUGACGCUUUUGGUGGCCCUCAAGGUUCGCUAUCCACAACGAAUUACAAUCCUUAGGGGAAAUCACGAGAGUAGACAGAUCACUCAAGUUUAUGGAUUUUAUGACGAAUGCUUGAGGAAAUAUGGUAAUGCUAAUGUGUGGAAGAUUUUCACAGAUCUGUUUGACUAUUUUCCACUAACGGCCUUGGUUGAGUCAGAAAUAUUUUGUCUCCAUGGUGGUUUGUCCCCAUCUAUCGAAACUCUUGAUAGUAUUCGCAGUUUUGACCGUGUACAAGAAGUUCCACAUGAAGGGCCUAUGUGUGAUCUUUUAUGGUCUGAUCCCGAUGAUCGGUCUGGUUGGGGUAUUUCACCUAGAGGUGCUGGUUAUACCUUUGGCCAGGACAUAUCGGAGCAAUUCAACUACAAUAACAACUUGAAGCUUAUUGCAAGAGCACAUCAACUGGUCAUGGAGGGAUUCAAUUGGGCACAUGAAAAAAAGGUUGUAACUAUAUUCAGCGCACCUAAUUAUUGUUAUCGGUGUGGGAAUAUGGCAUCCAUACUAGAAGUCGAUGACUGCAAUGCCCAUACAUUCAUUCAGUUUGAGCCGGCUCCAAGGAGAGGGGAGCCCGACGUGACCAGAAGAACACCAGAAUACUUCCUUUGAACCAAAUAAUGGUCAUGUGUUACCCUCACUGCUGAUGGGUCUCAUAAAAAGAUGGUAGAGAAAGGAGAGGUGAUUUUUUUUUGUUUUUGUUUGAGUUGGACUUAACUACUGAUAACACCCCGACCGACACACUCCAGACAGCAUAUUUGUGCAAUGGUAAGUUUUGUGUAAUUUGUUUUGGUUUUGUUAUUUUUUUUUGGGUUCAUUUCAUCUCACAGAACAUUAUUUGAACUCUACUCUGAUUUUCGUUUGUCCAUCAUAAUGGCAUCAUUAAUCCUUCUAUAGUUUUUGGUCACCCAGAACAAAAAAUGUUUAACAUUACU